AUGGCUUCUACAGCUGAAAUAGAAAUUGAUGACUCCCUUUACAGGUAACUUAAACAAAUAUUCAACCAGGCAUGCUUGGGUAAUUUAUAACUAUUAUAAAUGCCAUGUGCAUAUCCUAAUAGAUGUCAAAAGGUCCAUCGAUGAUGAAAAUAAAAUAUAGCUCAGGAGGCACAUCAACCCCCACAUAAUCCCCUAUGGCCACCAUGCAUUUAUACAACUAAUUUGAAAAAAUAAGAAUUUUAGAUGGUCACUUUUAAUAGACAGUCAUGGAUGGGUUGAGGAAAUUUUUCCUUCCAGUAGCUACUUACAAAUUUCAUUACUUUUUCUUUCCAAAAACACACUAAGUUAUGACAAUAUUACAAUUGAAUUCAUGUGCUGUGGAGCUAAUAGUAUGUUUUGGGCAACCGAUUUUGACAUCUUGGUUAAAAGCCUGCCCCCCCCCCCCCACCCAUGAACCAUUUUGGACUUGUAACUGUUUCUAUAGAACAUGAACUUUUUGAGAUAAGUCUAGAGAAAGUCUACCACCCUGGUAAAAUCAGCAUCCCUCAGAAAAAGUCGUUCUAAACCAGUGCACACUGAAGAUUAAUUUGUGACACUGAAGAUUAAUUUGUGAUAUAUACAGAAUUAAUUCUGUUGCAGCCGUCAGAGGUACGUGCUUGGCGAUGGAGCAAUGGAGAAAAUGGCAGUUUCCAAUGUACUUGUGAGUAGCCUUGGUGGAUUGGGUGUAGAAAUAGGUAUAGAAUACGUUUCAUAUUUUAAAUUAUAGACUGAAUCAUUACUUUUUCUGAAGGAAAAAUGUUUUAUGGACGCAAUGCGUACCUAUUUUUCAUAAAAUAUUUAUGGACGCAGCACACCUAUUUUUUCAUAAAAUAUUUUAUGGACGCAAUGUGUACCUAUUUUUUCAUUAAAUUUUGUAUGGACGCAAGCGCACCUAUUUUUUCAUUAAAUAUUUUGUGGACGCAAUGCGUACCUUUCAUAAUUUUUUUUUAUAGACGCAUUGUGUGCCAGUUUUUUUUCAUAUAUUUUUGUUUGUUUUUCAGCAAAAAAUAUUGUUCUUGCUGGUGUAAAGGUACUGAUCAGAAUUUUGACUGUUUAUCCACAUAACUCGCUCAAAUUUUCUUGGAUUUACCAUAACUUUUCCAGGAUUUUUCUCAUCCCGUGUCCUUGACUUUAAAAUUUAAAAUCAUUUUAUUAAUAAGCAAUCAACCUCGUUCCCAGGGUUGAUCACCCAUAAUAUCUUUAGUUAGUUCGUUCCUAAUUUUGUAAUAAUUAGUAUUAGUAUAAUUACAUAGGUGAUUAUUGAAAAUUCUCCACGCUGAUUGGUUGCCGUGAGGUGAUUAUUACGCGAUAAUCACCUAAGCGAUUUUCAAAAUGGCGGCCGAAGCCGUUGUGUCAAUUAAAUGACGAAGAAAUAUGUAUUUUUUUAUAUUUUUUCCAAAUAAUCACCUAUGAAAUUAUACUAAAACAAUUAUUCACCUCAGGCUCGGUGAUUAUCGGGAAUAAAAACCUCGACUUCGUCUCGGUUUUUAUUCACCGAUAAUCACCUCGCCUUCGGCGAAUAAUUGGUAAUUAAUAAUAAUAACAUGGAUCUUUUGGAGAAAAAGAUUUGCGCAAAUAAUGAUAAAGAAUUCAUGUUACUCUCAUGUUUAAGUACAGUUUGUGUGCUUUCUUAGAGUAUAACACUGCAUGAUACGCGACCUGCCACAACCUAUGACUUUGGAAGUCAGUUUUAUCUCCGAGAAAAUGACGUCCAACAAAAAAGAAAUAGGUGAGGAAGUACUGUACUUUAAUUGUCUACAAAAUACGGCAUGUUUUCUUUGAGAACUGCCGUUUCCUCGUCUCUACAAUACCACUAAGGAAGUAAUAAAGUGAUAUUUCAAAUCCUCCAAUUCGGACUGGACUAGAUUUUAAGUCCGCGCAAUUUGAUCAAAUCCAAGGCGAAGCCAAGGACUGGAUCAAAAUGCGAGGACUUGAAAUCUAGUCCAGUCCGAAUUGGAGGAUUUGAAAUGACAUCUCAUACGAAUAAACCAAUACUUCAAGUGAGGUGAAUUAAUUUUGAUCCAGUCCUAGGACUGGAUCGAUAUUCUUCACCAGGUAUGCAGUAUUAUCAUGUGAGCAAAAUAAAGCAAUAUGGCUGGCUAAUUUACUCAUGAAUUGAGUAAUAAAUUUACGUGGUGUUUCUACAAACAAAACUAUUAUAUCUUUUAUCGCCAUGCAAACAUGCAAAGAACGAAUUAUUAAAGAGUUUGAGAUCUUCAAUUCAAUUGCAACAGUUCAGAAUUGAUUGUUAAAAAUUAUCUAGUAGAAAUAAAGUCAGUUGGGUUUUUUUUCCAUUUCAGAGCAGAAGCAAGCUGUUCCAAACUAGCUGAACUAAAUCCGUAUGUUGAUGUGAGAGUUUUCACAAAACCUCUCGAAGAAAACUUAGAUUUCCUUAAAGAAUUCCAGGUAAUGAAUUUCUAGAAUUCUUGUACAAAUAAGCAAUUAAAUUUGAAUUAUCGAUCUUACAAAUUGUUCCAUCAUUUAGUGUGUUGUCCUCACCGAAGCCCCUUUGAAACUGUCGUUAGUCGUGGACGAUUUCUGUAGAUCACAAAGCCCGCCAAUAAAAGUGAGUUAUAUGAACAUUUUGAACAAAGUCAAAUGGAAAAUUUUGAACAAAGUCAAAGUGACUCAUUUUGUUAUAUGAUUGAUGUUUAGUUUAUAUCAAGCGAUAUCUUUGGAUUAUUCUCGUACACAUUCUGUGAUUUUGGUGACGAAUUUGAAGUCCUGGACCCGUCUGGGGAAGAACCAAAAGAAUUUUUUAUAUCUGGUAUUUCCAAGGUACUAAGAGUACAGCUUAUUAAAUAAUAUUUCCCGGAUUCGGACAGCACUUUUGAUUGGUAUCGAAGGUACUGUAGACUUAGUUCCGAAAUACCACAUACUCGAACAGACUUGGCCUCGUAGCUCAGUUGGCAGAGCAUUGGACUAGUAUCCCAAAGGUCGCGGGUUCGAUUCCCACCGUGGUCAGGCUAACUUUUCAGCUUGCCCGGUGUGGAUAUACACUCAGAGUAACAUCAAAAACAUCACAAAAAAAUAUAACUGUCAGAUGAACAGCAUUUCACUUUACAUUUAUCAUGUUGGGUUUUUCUAUACGUGUUCCAGGCCAAUCCUGGCGUGCUGCUAACCCUGGAUAAUCAAAUGCACGGAUUGGAAGACGGCGAUAAGAUUGAAUUCAAAGAAAUUGUCGGAAUGCUCUUGCUCAAUGACACGACACAAACUGUAAAAGGUAAUACAAGAGAACGGAACUACACGCGUAAAAAUCUUGCAACCUGUCAACAAGAUGUGUUCGCAACAGGCUUGUGGCAAGCUGUCAACAAGCCGUUGACAACUUUUCAACAAGCUGGGAACAAGCAGUGCGAACACAUCGUGUUGACAAGUUGUUGGAACAGCGUUGCUACAAGUCUGCUUACAACCUGUGCGUUUUUACGUGUAUAUUCGCAUGUUUACAUGAUGAAAUAAAUCCCCGGCCAAACCAGGGAAGCCUUACACACGCAAAAAUCUCACAUCUUGUAACAAAUUUGUCAACAAGCCGUCAACAUGUUGUCUUCGCACUGCUUGUCACAAGUUGUCAACAAGCUUGUUGACAUUAUCUGACUUGUUGCUAGGUUGUUCCAACAAGUCCGAUACAGUCAUGAUAUAACAAUGUUGUUAAAACCUUGUUUCGUCAACCUUGUAACAUUCUUGUUAAUAUAUCAUGACUGUAUCAGACUUGUUAGAACAACCUUGUAACAAGUCUGAUAAUGCCGUCAAGCUUGUUACAAGUUAGUAACAGCUUGUUCCAAACUUGUGAACAGACUUGUAACAUCUUGUGCGUUUUUACGUGUUUAGGAUGACCAUCUUACACGCGUAAAAAUCUCAUAUCUUGUAGCAAGUCUGCCAACAAGGCGUCAACAAGUUGUGUUCGCACUGCUUGUCCUAAGUUGUCAACAAGUUUGGAACAAGCUGUUAACAACUUGUAACAACCUUGUUGAUAUUAUCUGACUUGUUGCAAAGUUGUUCCAACAAUUCCGGUACAGUCAUGAUAUAACAAUAUUGUUACAACCUUGUCCGGUCAACUUGUAACAUUCUUGUUAUAUCAUGACUGUAUCUGACUUAUUAGAACGACUUUGUAAGCUUGAUGGUAUUAUCAGACUUGUUACAAGGUUGUUCUGACAAGUCUGAUACAGUCAUCACAAGCUGUCGACAAGUUGUUUUCGCACUGCUUGUCCCUACAACUUGUUGAAUUGCAGGACGAUAACAAGUUCUUGGAACAACUUGUAACAAGUCUGUUGAGCUCAACAAUCUUGUAGCAAGUUGUCAACAAGCCGUUGACAACUUGUCAACAAGCUGGGAACUUGCAAUGCGAACAUAUCGUGUUGACAAGUUGUUGGAACAGCAUUGCUACAAGUCUGCUUACAACCUGUGCGUUUUUACGUGUGUACUCGCGUGUUUACAUGGUGAAAUAAAUCCCCGGCCAAACGAAGGAAGCCUUAGGAUGACCAUCGUAUAACUACACACAUUAAAGCGCACAAGUUGUUCCAGGUCUGCUAACAAGUUGUUACAAAUCUGUUGACAAGCUGUUGACAAGUUGUGUUCGCACUGCUUGUUCCCAGUUGUUGUAACAAGUUUGGAACAAGCUGUUAACAACUUGUAACAAGCUUGAUGUCAUUAUCAGACUUGUUACAAGGUGGGUGUUCUAACAAGUCUGAUACAGUCAUGAUAUAACAAGAAUGUUAUAAAGUUGAUGACACAAUAUUGUAACAUUAUUGUUAUAUCAUGACUGUAUCGGACCCGUUGGAACAACCUUGCAACAAGUCUGAUAAUAUCAACAAGGUUGUGACAAGUUGUUAACAGCUUGUUCCAUACUUGUUGACAACUUGGGACAAACCGAACACAAAUUUUUGAUGGCUUGUUGGCAUGCGGACUUGAUGAUGUGAGAUGAUGAUGACAAGAUGUGAGACUUUUGCGUGUGUCGACAGACACCUCUAGAAAUGCGUGCUAAUGUAAUGAAUAUCUGAUAUAAUGAAUAUUUUUAUUGUUCUCUGAUGUGUUAGAAACUGAUUUGAGAAAAAGUUAAUACUGGAUUAUUUUGGGGGUUUUUUUCAGUUAUAUCUCCGUAUGCUGUUAGUAUUUGUGACACAUCUUCUCACGAUUUUGAACUUUAUCAAUAUGGUGGCAUUGCACGUCAAGUGAAAACGUCGAGACUAAAUCAUUUUGUAAGUUUUCCCCCAAGAAUUUUAGCAUUUACUAGUAAGGUAUACUCCUGCGGUAGAUGGAAUUGUCUCACUAGAAUUUCUUCCUAGUCGACCACAUUUUCUCCUGGUAUUCCACUUUUCUCCUGAAAUAACACUGGACCAAUAAGAAACGACUGUUAUUUCACCUCUAGGAAGAACAAUUUACUGUAGAACUAAUACAGCCAUCCAAUAUAAAUAACGUUAGUUUACUUUAUGUUUCCUAAGAGAACAGUAUAGAACUGACAGAGAACUAUCCAUUAUAAAUAAACUAUGAUGUUUGUGAUGUUACUCUGAGUGUAUAUCCACACGGGGGGAGCUUGAAAAAUAUGCCUGGCCACGGUGGCCGGGCAUAUUUUCCCACCGUGACCGGGCAUAUUUUUCAAGCUCUCCCGCGGUGUGGAUAUACACUCAGAGUAACAUCACAAACAUCAUAUUCACCUGAGUACACAACACCAACACAGAAAAAAUAAAUAAACUAUGUUGUCUUUUUCAGGAUUCUUUAGAGAACCAGCUGAUUGAACCAAAUGUUUUGCUUGUAGAUCUUUGUAAAAUUGAGGUACGUAAGACCUCUUACCGCAAAUCAAAUGAUAUUGAAUGUACAUUUCACCCAUUUUGUCUGAUUAUUUCCUAGGCUGCAUCUCAACUUCACUUAGCUAUGUGGUCUCUACAUUCAUUUCAAGAACAGCAUGGUCGUCUACCGCAUGUUAGGUGUGUAUAGGGAUUAUAUACUGCUUUUUAUAACUGAACUCUGUAGCUCAGUUGGUUAGAGCGCCGCACCAGAAUCGCAGGACCUAUAUGGUUGCAUUGUUCGCAACUGUCCCUGGUUAAGUCUAAUAAAUGUAUAUAAACAAUGGGUGGUUCCAGGUAUAGACUAAAUUUUGAUCAAGGCAAGAAGAACGAAAUCCAACACCACAGCUAGAAAGAUCGUCUUAGAAUGAGUAAAACUGCAACGAUUGGUUGCUAAAUGUUUAGUUGUAAAAUGAAGAAAAUAUAGCCCUGUGAAAUUCGCAAAUUUUGUAUAUAUUUGUAUUACGCGCGGUAAAAAUGAUCACUUUUGGCUCUGAAAAUGGUUAUUUUUCCCGCGCGUAAUGCAAAUAUAUACAAAAUUUGCGAACUUCACAGGGCUAUAUUUCCCUCAUUUUACAACAAUUCGCAACCAAACUUUGCAAUUUUACUCAUUUUAAGAUGCUCUUUCCACCUAUGGUAAUGGAUUUCGUUCUUCUUGUGUAGAUCAAAAUUUAGUCUAAAGCUGGAAUCACCCAUUCACACUUGAUCAAAAUCUUGCUUUUCUGUAAGGUGCAAGUCAGGUCUUGCCUUAUAUAAAUAUAGACGCCUUAAAGGCUAGUUUCCACUCAGGAAAAUUAUCCGCGGAUUAGAACGGACAAGAAAAUUGUUCUUUGUCUUGUGAACUCUGGGUUGGAACUAAUGAUUUUAACACGAAGAAAAAUUUUCUUGUCCGUUCCAAUCCACGGAUAAUUUUCCUGAGUGGAAACUAGCCUUAAAUCUGGUGUGUCAAGGUCUCGCGUUGAACAGCAUUGUGCAUGCAUAAAUCAUUAAAAAUAACUCAUUUGGCAAGUUGAGAUAAACAAAACGGUAUUCAUGCAGAAAGGCACUCUUAUAGUUUCGUAUAGUUUGAGUGAUGACCAUUUUGGUUUAUAUUUACUCGUGUGUACAUGACAGGAAUUCACAAGAUGCUGAAGAACUGGUUAAGAUUGCUGCAGCCAUUAACGAACAACGAAUGAAAUCGAAGGUAUAUGAAUUUCUUAGAUUUCUGUAGUUGAAAAUACAUAAUAUACAUUGCAUCGUGAAUACAUCAUUUCAGCUAUAGUCUAAAUUUCGAUCUAGGCAAGAAGAACAAAAUCCAUCACCACAGCUAGAAAGCGCAUGUUAAAAUGAGUAAAACUGCAAAGAUUGGUUGCGAAAUGUUGUAAAAUGCGGAAAAUAUAGCCCUGCGAAAUUUGCAAAUUUUGUAUUAAUUUGUAUUACGCGCGGGAAAAUGCACCAUUUUCGGCUCAAAUGUGGUGCAUUUUCCCGUGCUUAAUUCAAAUAAAUACAAAAUUUCGCAUGGCUAUAUUUUCCGCAUUUUACAACAUUUCACAAUUAGUAUGAUUUUACUAAUUUUAACAUGAUGUUUGUGAUGUUACUCUGAGUGUGUAUCCACACCGGGCAAGCUUGCCCGUCAUAUUCACCUGAGUACAAUAACACCAACACAAAAAAAUCAUAAUUUUAACAUGCUCUUUCUAGCUAUGGUGAUGGAUUUUGUUCUUCUUGCCUAGAUCGAAAUUUAGUGGAAUCAUCUAUUGUCUCUGGCAUAGUGGUUACUUUCAUAUUUAUUCUGACACUGCAAAGUACAAUGGAAAAUUCGUUGUCCUGAGCGACAUUCGAACUCGCAUCCAAUAAAUAAAGCUAGUUUAGUUCACUUUAAUUGCAUGUUCUUAUCAUCUACCCAGGUGGAUAAAGUUGACAAGGAGCUCUUUACUACGUUGUCAUAUUCCAGUCGUGGUUUAUUGCCUCCACUGGCCGCUGCUGUUGGCGGUUUUGUUGCCCAGGAAGUUUUGAAAGCUUUGACUGGAAAAUUUACUCCACUGAAACAAUGGGUAAGCCAACCUAGGAACAUAUCUAGAGUUGCAAACAAGCUGCAGGUAUGCGGGUAUACCACCCGCGAGGAAGGUUUACCAUAUGUGAGGUCAGUGAGGACACUCAAGACUAACACCAUGAAACAAAUAAAUGAUGUUUGUGAUGUUACUCUGAGUGUGUAUCCACAUCGGGCAAGCUUGAAAAACAUGCCCGGCCCCGGUGGGAAUCGAACCUACGACCCCCGGAACACCAGCCCAAUGCUCUGCCAACUGAGCUACGUGAUCAGGUCGGUUCGAGUAUGUGAUAUUUCGGAACUGAGUCUAGUUCCUUCGAUAUCAAUGUAAUCUAGUAAUCAUGAUUUUUUCUGUUUUUGGUGUUAUGUACUUCAAAUGAGUACAUAACACCAACACAGAAAACAAAAAAAAAAAUCAUGAUUACAUUGAUAUCGAAGGAACUAGACUCAGUUCCGAAAUAUCACAUACUGGAACCGACCUGACUGCGUAGCUCAGUUGGCAGAGCAUUGGACUAGUAUUCCAAAGGUCGUGGAUUCGAUUCCCACCGUGGACAGGCAUAUUUUUCAAGCUUGCCCGGUGUGGAUAUACGCUCAGAGUAACAUCACAAACAUCAUAUUCACCUGAGUACAUUACACCAAACACGGAAAAAAAUAAAUGGUACUUGACCAGACAGGUUGAAGUUGGCAGCAUGCUGAUGUUCUGGUGACUAUUGUGAUAGUACCGACACCAGAUGACUAUCACAUUCGAGAAUACUGAGGGGAAAACAAUAAUAUAUAGUACAACAUUUCUUAACGAUGGCAAUAGCAGCUUUUUGAGCACCGGUGUUUCUGUAGCAAUCGUAACAUGCAUAUACAUCUGCUAGCAGUCGCCAGUCUACUGUGUAUCUGUAUGUGAGUACAAUGAUGCAAUCAACCAGCUGAGCAAUGCUAAUGAUACUGAUCAGUGGGAAAUAGGAAUACGAAGCUGUUUUGUAUAGGUAAUAGCAUGGUUUCGAGUGCAAUUUGGAUAUAACAUGCACGAGUGAGUUUUUCAAAGACUCCCAAAAUAGCACGAGUUCGAAGGACGAAUGCUAUUUGAGGUCUUUCAAAAAUUAACUAGUGCAUGUUUAUCCAAAUUUCACGAGAAACCAUGCUAUUACUUACAUUAAUAAUUUACAUAAAAGUAUUCCAAAGAAUCAAAUUUGAACUUGACCAAUUGUGGGAAUCUUUUCGCACCGCACUAAAUGCGACCAUGUUUGAUUGUUUUGAAAAAAGAAUAUUUUUAAAUUUUUCCCGCCAAAACUUAGCUCAAUUUUGAUUGGUUCAUAGUGAUUACAGAUUUUUGCACUGCUGUUUUGGAUUAACUGCACUGAAAUCAACCAAUCACAGACGAGUAAUACGUUUAUGUGUAAUAUUAUGAAUGAAAUAAUUUAUGUAUUUUGCAAUUCGAGAAAGCCAUAUAAAUUCACAAUAUUUUGAGGGAGGUUUCAGAACCGAAAUUUCCCCUAGAGGAAGGUCGAAAACUCUUCACAACUCUGACCUGAGUAUCAGAAAGUUCGUCUUCACCGCUAAUUGUCUUUUUUUUGCCAUUACCAGCAACACAGUACAAUACAAUGCACUUUUAUUGACUAAAAAAAGAAUUACAGAUAAAUUUCAUUAGAUUUUGAAUCUGAUAAUUUGGCACAAUACAAUUUGGUCACCUCAAAAAACCAUAAGGCUUGUCGAAGCUAGGAACUCGGUUGCAUUAAUAUAUAUUUUCUUUUGAUUGAUAAUGUGUAUAAUAUUUUUUUCUUACAGUUGUAUUUGGAUGCUACUGAACUAGCUAAAGAAACGUCCGACAACACUGAGAUGUUUCUUCCUAAGUAAGUGAAUAUUUGCUGAAUUAAUGAUUUUAAUCAUUAAAAUGUUUAACAUAUUUAAAAAUAUGUCCAUGAUUAACUCGAUUGCCAACUGCUCAAUUUUUAUUGUGUGAAAUUUUUACAGGAACGAUAGAUACGAUUCCUUACGAAUAUGUAUUGGGGAAACGUUAUUUCAAAAACUGAAGGAUGUACAAUUAUUUAUGGUAGGUUUUGUGUCUAUGAUGUAUUAGUACUUGCCAGUCUUGUUGUGAUUUGUGAGACAAUAUCGACGUAAUCGAAUUUUCAUUUGUAUUUGCAUUUGUUUCUAAAAUAAAACCGGAAUAGUAGAUUUUGAAAUUGACUAUUCCGUCUGAAAAUCCAAUAUUUCUUUAUGUCUCUGAGAGCAUAUGUUCACAGGCUAAUAUCUUUGAAAUUUGUGACAUAAAGGAAUAUUGGAUCUUCAGACAUACGUUUCAAGACUUCUGGACUGAAGUCUCAUUUUUUCACCAAGAAUUUAUCAAGGCUUGUUCUGUUGCGCAUUAUCACAAGCCCAACAAAAACGCUACAACGAAAUCAACGUUUUAACAAUAAAAUUAUCUUUAAUAAUGAACGAAUAUACUACUAUUCAUUGACAUGUCCAGACACAUUAAAUCCUCCCUGUUGUCGUAUUGUUUUUAAAGGUUGGAUGUGGUGCUAUUGGUUGUGAAAUGUUGAAAAACUACGCAAUGAUUGGCAUUGGGACAGGUCCCAAAGGCAAAGU